AUGCUUGUAAUCGCAGGAUUUGCACAUAGUUUUUUAUUAUUAUUACAAUAUCCUGAUUUUACAAAUCUUACAGAAAAUACAUCAUCAUCUACAUUAUUUACGGGUGAUUCAACUGAACUUAAAAUUCAAAAAGAUUUUGAUCGAACUGAAGAUAACCCAGCUAAAAAUUUCAUUAUCUCAUUUCUUUCAACAUUUAAUUGGUUAAGUGGUAAUUUUUCACAACAGGACACAUGGAACUUUUGGGCAGUAAAAGUUAUCACUUUUAUUGGUAGCAUUCUUUUAGUAACCAUUUUACAAAAUAUGUUUAUUGCUUUUAUGGGGGGUGUGUUUUCUAAAGCAUAUGAGAAAGGUCGUGUUACAUUUUUACGAUUUCGUGCCUCAUUAAUUUCAGAUUAUGAGGCAUUAGAUGAAAUAUAUUUUUCUCCUCCAUCACCAGAACCAAAAUAUAUUUAUUAUAUAGGUAAAUCAAAAAGUUAUGAUAAAUGGGAUGCGAAUGUUGAAAAAUAUAAGGAAAAAACCUUAUAUGAGGAUUAUGAAAAGGAAAUGGAAAAAGAAAUUAGUUUUACUGAGGUUGAUAAUAAAGGUGCUAAAGAAGAAGAAAUUAGUAUUCAUGAUCUUAAUAAUAAGAUUAAUGAUCUUAAUCGUAGGAAUGAUGAGAUCAAUAGUAAGAUUGAUAAAUUACUCAAUGCAAUGCAAUCAUUAAGUAAAGUAAAUUAG